AUGGUCGGCUAUGACCCUGGGACAGAUUGCAGGAACAACUCCAAGUUCGAGGUGGCGGUGGCUGGCUCUGCGUCUGGACUUGUCACUCGAGCGCUGAUCAGCCCCCUGGAUGUCAUCAAGAUCCGCUUCCAGCUUCAGAUCGAGCGCCUGCACCACAGUGACCCCAGAGCCAAAUACCACAGCAUCCUGCAGGCUGGGAAGCAGAUUCUGCAGGAGGAGGGCCCAGCGGCUUUCUGGAAAGGACACAUCCCCGCCCAGCUUCUCUCUGUUGGCUAUGGAGCUGUCCAGUUUUUGUCCUUCGAGCUGCUGACCGAGCUGGUGCACAGAACCAGCGAGUACGAUGCUCGUGAUUUCUCUGUGCACUUUGUGUGUGGCGGCCUGUCCGCCUGUGCUGCCACCCUCGCCGUGCACCCCGUGGACGUCCUGCGGACUCGAUUUGCAGCUCAGGGUGAGCCCAGGGUCUACAAAACCCUCCGAGACGCUGUGGUGACCAUGUACAGGACGGAAGGCCCCUUGGUCUUCUACAAGGGCUUAAACCCCACCCUGAUCGCCAUUUUCCCCUACGCUGGCUUCCAGUUCUCCUUCUACAGUUCCCUGAAGCACAUGUAUGAGUGGGCCAUGCCAGCCGACGAAAAGACGAACGGUUCAAGGAACCUCAAAAACCUGCUGUGUGGCAGCGGAGCUGGGGUCCUCAGCAAGACCCUAACGUAUCCUCUGGACCUUGUCAAGAAGCGGCUGCAGGUUGGAGGCUUUGAGCAGGCCCGAGCCACCUUUGGCCAGGUACGGAGCUACCAGGGCCUCCUGGACUGCGCCAAGCAGAUUCUGCAAGAAGAAGGGUCCCAGGGCUUCUUCAAGGGCCUCUCCCCCAGCCUGCUGAAGGCGGCCCUCUCCACGGGCCUCGUGUUCUUCUGGUACGAGCUCUUCUGUAACUUUUUCCACAACAUGAAGAAGGCGAACUUGAGCUCUAAGGAGCCUGAGGGUGGCCUUAAGUCGGCCUGA